AUGGAACUAUCCCUCUCCCAAAACCCCCUUCAUACAAACUCAGAUUUUGAAUCCUCUGGGGACUACCGCAUUGGAUCCUCCUCCCAUUGCCUCUGGCAUUCAUUUUCAUUACCAAACGCAAAUCAAUCCAUGAAGGUUGUCACCAUCAACGUGGGUGAGGGAUGUGACGUCAUGGAGUCCAUCGUCGACGUUGCUCGUCGAAGCCAAGCCAGCCUCGUCGUCCAUGGGGCCUCUGGUACUGUCGCCUCUGCGACCCUCCACAACACUGUCCGUGGUGCCCCUACGUACAGGAUCUAUGGCCCCUUCAACUUACUCUCCCUCACUGGUUCCUACUUUUACACCCCCCAUGACACCCAUCUCCCCGGAGCCACAUCUUCCUUGUCAUUUGGGAUCCAAUUGUGCACCUAUAGUCGGAUCAUUUGUGGUCGCACCACUGGUACUGUCAUCGCAGGUGGUGACGUCAUCCUCAUUGUCUCCACCUUCAAGAACCCUAAAAUAAACAAAUAUGUUCCUGAAGGCGAAGAAAGGGAUAACGUAGACAACGAUAACAAUAAUAACCAUGACCCUGGCUAUUUGGCAGCUUUCAACUCUGCAGUAGAAUCCAAAGCUGAUGAAUAA